AUGUCUACCAUUCGCAACUUCACCACUCUUGCUCUGGCCCUUGGCGCCGCAGCAGCCCCUCAGCUUGUUCAAUUCACUCCGGUUCAGCCUCCCCAACCCGACGUCCCGGAGGUCCACGCUCCCACUGUCACCCCUCCUGCAUUCCCCACGGUUGAACCCACGGCCCCGACUGUCCCGCCGAUCAACAUCAACAAGGACCUUAUCGUCGAGCCGGCUUUACCGAAUGUGGAGUUGAAGGGUCCGAAGGUAGCGCGAGACCUUCCGGUCAAGCUCACUCCGCAAGGCCUGGAGAUCUCGGUCAGCGUCCCCAUCGUCGUGCCCACUGCCGGCGCGGGUCUUCCGGCGUUGGCUCCCCGCGAGGAUGACUUCCCAGUCGACUUCAACGCAAUCCAGCCACCUAAGACUGUGCUCCCCAACGUUUCCACUCCGACCCUGUCUGUCAAGCUCCCUGACGUCGCCAUUCCCUACCCAAAGGUUCCUAAUACUCCCAAACUGCCUCGCCGCAACAUUAAGAUCCCCAAGGCCGUCAUCCCCACCCAGUCCGUGGAUCUCCAAGCGAUUAGCAGCAUCAUCUCAGCCCUGGGCGGCCUCGUCACUGCCCGCAACGCUGAGCCUCAGCCUGCGAAUGUGGUGCUCGAUCUUCCCGCAGCCACCAGCGUUCUCUCUGUUCUUGGUGACAUCAAGGCCUCCGUUGCAGGUCGCGAGGUCCCGACGCCUCUUCCUGUCGUCAGCUCGGUUCUCUCUGUCUUGGGCGACAUCAAGGCCGCGAUCAUUCCUCGCCAAACACCCGAUGUGCUUCCUAUUGUCAGCUCUAUUGCAUCAGUCGCUGGCGGUGUCAAGGCCGGCAUCAUUGCCCGCGAGACUCCCGAGGUGCUCCCCAUUGUGAGCUCGGUUCUGAGCGGUGUCAAGGCUCCUGUUUUUGCCCGCGAGACUCCCGAGAUCCUUCCAAUCAUUAGCUCGGCUGUCAGCGGCAUCAAGGCUGCGGUUGUUCCUCGUGAGACUCCCGAGGUCCUUCCCAUCGUCAGCUCGGUUCUCAGCAGUGUCAAGGCCGGAGUCUUUCCCCGCCAGACUCCUGAGGUGCUCUCCAUCGUCAGCUCGGUUGUUGGCGGCAUCAAGGGUCCCGUUGUUGCCCGCGAGACUCCUGCCGUACUCCCCAUUGUCAGCUCUGUUGCCUCUGUCGUCGGCGACAUCAAGGCCUCGCUUCUUCCUCUUGAGGUUCGCAGCACCACCGUCGACAUCGCCGCUGUCAAGACUGCCAUGGCCGUCUUGAAGAGCAUCAUCGACUCUCGCGAUCUCGCGGCCGUUGGCGUCACCAUUCCCAGCGUCACCGUCGAGGUUCCUAUUGUCAGCUCUGUCCUCUCUGUCUUGAACAACGCCGCAGGCACUGGGCUGUCCAUCAAGGCUGCUCGCGGCACCCUCCCCGAGGUUCCCGCCGCUGUUGUCGCUGUCGGUGUUGACGUUCCCGCCUUCACCGCGACCGUUCCCGUGCUGGUGCCCGUUGCUGCCCGCACCGCGAUCGACCUGCCGCUUAGCACUCUCAUACAAGUACCUUCCAUCAGCAAGACCAUCGAGCUGCCCGCUGUCCAAACCCCUGAGUUGAAGGGCAAGUUCACCGCAGGCAAGCGCACCACCGCUGGAGUUAUCGGCGAUGUCCAGGGAAAGAUCGACGAAAUCCUGUCUGCUGUUCCUCAGUAA